AUGCACAGCACCAUCCUAUCCAGGCACCUCGACACCAAAGGACCUAUACUCGAAUCGGAGCACUUCAACACGCUGAACAAGGCUAUACUAAGCCACACGCACAAUGCCUCCGCGCCCUAUGUGCGCCACGUCGUGCUCUCCUUCUCGGCACUGCAUCUGGCCUCCCAACAAGCUACACACACCACGAGCGACCCCUCUGGACUCCUUCUCCCACGCAGAAAUUCUGGAUCGCCAUCUGAAGGUUCAUGGCUGCACACUGCCCUGUCACACAAUGCGCAGGCAUUGGCCUUGUUUCUGCCAGCGAUCCAGGCUGGCAUCACCCCAACUACGGCAGAGCCUCUACUGGCCGCGUCCGUGGUCUUGGUAGCUUGCCAACUUGCGCUUCCAGCGGCAGAUCCUACGCGACGCACGGCUUUUGACCGCAUCGACCUGCUGGCCCAGGUCGCAGGCCUGUUCCAGGGAGCAAACCACAUCUUCUUGUACAAUGGUCACACAGCCAUGACAACCCGCGUUAAGUCUGAAUCGCCAACGUCUUCAGGAAAAUCGUCCUCUUCCUUGUCCGAGUGCUCCUCUUCGCCCUCGACGGCCAACGGCGUUCCAAAAUCACCUGGCGACGACGUGCCCUGGGCUGAGGCUGAAGCGUCCGUCCACUGCUGCAUUGGCGCCAUGAACGCGCUCCCUCCCGCCUCCACGGAUACCGAGAGGACGCGGCGCAUCGUGUUGCACCACGCCGCCGCCAAGCUUAUCCGAACGUUCUCUCUCAUAUCAACGUCCCAGCGCAACUUUCACGUCUUGUGCGUGUGGUUCGCCAUGGUCAAGAAGGAGUUCGUCGGGCUGCUGGCAGCCAGAGACCCGUUCGCCUUGAUAUUGCUAGCGCAUUGGUCGGUAUGCAAGACCAACAUGGACGGCAUCUGGUGGGCGAGAGGGUGGCCCGAAGCGGCCGUCUCGUCCAUUGACGAGGCACUAGGCCAGGACUCGGAAUAUCGAGGCUUGCUGGCUUGGUGUGUCCGGCAAGCGCACACGGGGCAAGAGAUCGUGCCGUCCGCGGUUACGGCGCACACAUUGCAGGGGCCAUGA